UUUUAUCACCGUAACUGAUGUAGUUGAGCCCUUAAUUGUGAUAUUUCCAAACCAGGCAAUGAUCAUUUUAAAAUGAAAACAGGUGUCAUUUGGGUCAAAAGGACCCAAAUGACACUCCUAAUCGAUCAGUUCCUGAGGUCUCCGCUUGAAAAAUGUUUAAACAAACAGAAAGAAGAGCAUAAUUAUGCUCAGUUUGGACCAAUUUUACACCUGAGAAACGGAAGCAGUCCCAGUAGCAUGAGACAGAGCCGGUCAGCUGUUCAGAAGCACUUCUGCAUGGCGUCCGCUGCGAGGCGUGAAGCAUGGUAUUCUGAUGCAAGCCUCGGAAGUGACUUUUCACUUUUUUUGAAACUUUGAGUUGCAGCUCAAGUACAGAAGUCGACAGUAUGUGUUGCUUACAAAGACGGACAGCUUAGUUUGCAAUUAAAGAGGAAGUGCGGGGGGGAAAAUGGAGGGCCAGAAAACAGUGAACUUCACGAGACUCUUGUCAGAUGAAAGCGUCGUGUCCACCCUGUCGUCAGACUCAUGUGAGUACUACCAGACAGAGAUAUUUGACCUGCUGCCCAGUGUCCAGGCUGUCCGGUCCCAGCAGGACAGCUAUGAUACCAGCGAGGUCCACCAGGGUGGCCCGCAACCCGGGGAGACCGUCAGCACUGAGAACCAGUCAAGAGGACCCAGAGACAAGCAGUCUCUGCAGGCACUGCGGAACCUGACCAUUUGUAUGCAGGGGAAGAGGAGCGCAAGGGAAAGGAGGAAAAUGCAGAUCAGCAAUAUUGGUUUCUGGGAGUCAUGGAGGCGGAGCCAGAGCAUCAACAGGAAGAGGGUCUGGGCUCACAUGAGGGAGGCGGGAGCCAGCUUGUUGCCUUGGAAACAGACGCUCCACAAAAUUCAAGGGAGGUUUGGCGUCGGAGUGAAGUCCUACUUUGUCUUCCUCAGAUAUCUGAUCUACUUGAACCUGCUGCACUGUGCUCUGAUCGGGGGCUUCAUCCUGGGGCCCACAGGGUUUUAUGGCACAAACAACAGAGAAUCGUUGCGAUUUGGCGGAAACGACUCUGUGUUAGACUUCCUCCUGGGAUCGGGAUUUCUGGCUCGUUCGCCUGUUUUCUUUGGCUUUUACACCAGAGGCUCUCUGGAUCUCGACUGCCUGAACACACCCCUGCUGUACCUGGCUGGGAUCCUCAGCAUCAUCGUCCUUAGUCUCAUCAUGGUGGUCCGCAGAACAACUGUUGGCUACAAGCACACCUGGAUGCUCGAGAAGCGAACCAGCAUGAAUGUGAGCUUUAAGGUCUUUUGUGGCUGGGACUACAGCAUCCAGCAUUCAGAGUCUGCAAAGCUCAAGCAGAGCUUCAUCAGGAAUGACCUCAAGCUCUUCCUGGAGGAGAUGAUGUUUAACUUGAGAAAGGCUCAAAGGACUCUGGGACAAAAGCUGCGCCUCUACCUGCUGAGGUCUGUCCUGAACCUGAUCGUUGUCUUUCUGCUCGGUGGAGCUUUCACCCUCAUCGUCUUCUCCACAAACGUCUCCCUCAAAGAGUCGAACGACGUUUUGGUUCUCAAGCUGUUCCUUCAUUAUCUUUCUCCCAUCACCAUCACCUUUGUGGACCUAGUCCUCCCUCAGGUAUUCCGCAAGAUCUCAUCUUUCGAGGACUACUCUCUAACCGUUCAAGUAAAUGUAACACUUGUGAGGAGUAUCUUCUUGAAGCUGGCUUCCCUGGGGAUCUACUUAUUUUUCCUCUUCAAAACACCAACAUCAGUAGAAAAUCGUCUGUGCAGAGAAAACCAGAUUGGCAUUGAGAUGUACAAACUGUGCAUCUUCAACUUCCUCACCACUUUCUGCAACACUUUUCUGGUGAACUUCCCCAGGAAGCUUUUGCAGAAGAAGCGCCCAAACUGCUUGCUGGUCCGGCUGUGCGGGAGGCAGCGGUUUCUGAUCCCGUUCAAAGUUCUGGAUCUGGUCUACAUCCAAACUGUGCUGUGGGUGGGAGUCUACUACUGCCCCCUGCUGCCUAUGAUCGGAGUGGUCAGCCUGUUGGCGAUAUUCUACAUCCAAAUGUUUGAUGUCCUGCAGUGUUGUGAGGCGGAGCAGCGGAUGUUUCGAGCCUCCAGCUCUUCGGUUUUAUUCCACUUCAUGCUGCUGCUGGGUCUCCUCAUGGCUGCAGCCGCACCGAUAAUUGACUUCCACCUGGUCGGGGGAACAAACACGAUCUCCUGUGGUCCUCUUAAAAAUGAAACCGUACUUACCGUGACACACACCUGCGUGAUAAGUCUUCCCAGCUCAGUCCAGAACGUUCUCAAGUACUUGUCCUCACAAGCCUUUGUCCUGCCUCUCCUGCUAGCUGAGGUCAUCAUCCUGACGUCGUAUGUGUCACGAGGACGCGCCAACCAGAAAGCAAUCGAAAGGCUUAAAGACAUGCUGAUUAUGUGCAGCUCAGAUAAACGGUUCCUGGUGAAGCAGCAUGCCACCUUAAUGAGAGGUCCUAAGAACCCAAACAGAGCCCGUCCUGCUGCUGUGGAACAGAAAAAGCCCCGGCAUGGCGCUCCCUGAGGCUCCCAGUUUAUUCUCCUCUGGAAACGGUGGAAAACAAGAUGACAUACGUUGAAUUAUUCACAAAGAAGCAGAGUGACCUAUUGAAACUUGUGACCCAAUUCUGUAAAAAGAGAUUUUCAGAUUAUUUUUGCAACCUUCGUUGCAAACAUUUUAUACACCUGUGUUAAAGCUAAUAACAGUGUACAGACUGCUAGAAGGCCUUUUAUCAGUGUUGACAUUAAUGACAUGCACAUUAACCUCUUUAUAUGAAAAAUAGAGCUUGGUAGUAUUCCUAAAUGUUAACUUAAUAUUAUUCAAGAGGCUGUAAAUGUUUUUAUUUGUGUGUUUAUUAAACUUUUUU